AGGCAAUCUAGCCAUUCCAGGAGAACAAUGCAGCAUGAAUCAGUCUCCAGGUGGAUAUUUCAAUCGGCGUAUGUCGCAAGACAGUGGAUUUUUCUCUAGUGUGCGUACCUCUUUUUCAACCUCGUCCGUAAAUACGUCGCAACAAUUUGGUGGAUCGAUACCUCGAAAAGGACUGCAUAGCAGAGUAGUAUCUCAGCCUGGAGAAAUUGUGUUAAGACCACUGGGUGGUUUACCUGUUCCGCCUACCUAUUCUCACCCACUGACACUUUGUAACAAUGGUGAUGCAGGAAAAGAUCCUUUACGAGACUUUAGGUUUCCUGCUGUCGGCAACACUGUUGCUCGACCGGCUCAAGCCAAUGCUCCUGAUAUAUCACAGUGGGUGUUUCCUGUAUCCGAAAACAAAAAUCUAGUCCAUGAUUCAAGCAAUCCAAAUCAUACGAUUGUACAGACAUCAGACAUUAGUGACGAAGGGAAAAAACCAGCCUUGUCUAUCCCGCUUCCACCAUUGGUGCUGUCACCCUCUAUCCCACUUGAACUAAACGAUCGAGCUGCAGUUGCAGCAGAAAACGAUGAGACUGAAUCUUGCUCCCCAAUGAUUGCUCAUCCACCUUUACAACGUCCUCGAUGUCAUUCGAUGCUUUGUUCGCCGCGGUACUCUUUACCCUAUACCCUCACCUCGGCACCCUCAGCACCAUUGAUGCAGAGUCAUUGUCCACCCAUUCUUCCAAACCCAGCUCAGUCUGACCGCGAUGAAUUUGUUUCAGACACGUUGAAUGGCGUGGCUCCUUCAAUAGGAGAUCCAUCCACAUCACCACAACUAAAACUCACAAUCAAACCUCAAAACAUACCCUGUGGACCUCUUUCCGCGCCUUAUGCCAUGGGAGCACAUCCAUAUGGUUGUGAACCUGAGCAAGGUGAUACCACAAAACAAAUCGAAGUUGAGCGAAGAAUAUGGAUGCUUGAACGAGACAAGGCAGUUCUCGAAGCAAGAUUAAGAGCCAUGGAAAUCCAUUCAGCGUUUUUGGAAAGCCUCUAAAUUUUAUUCCAAUAAACCCAUUCAUACUACAUACUUUU